GGGCUUCGAGAUGCAGAGCUCUUUGGAUUGACCAACGACGCUUGUCUCUGAGACCUCUCUCUCGAAAAUGGUGAGCGGAGAGUCCGACGACGACCGACCGAUUGUACGCACCAACAGAACAACUUCGCAAAAGAGGCAACGUUCUCCGACCGAACGCACUGCGACGCUGCUGGAUCUGGAUGUUACAGACUGUCCCAUUUGCUUUCAUCCUCUCACCAUCCCCAUCUUCCAGUGUGAUAAUGGCCAUAUAGUAUGCUCUACUUGCUGUGAAAAGUUGAGCCAGAAGUGUGCAACAUGCUCCUUACCCACUCUUUCCCGAAACAGAGCCAUGGAGCGGGUUAUUGAACUACUUAGAGUUCCAUGUCCCAAUGCUGGUUGCUCUGUGGUCGUCUCUUUUUCUGAAACAUCAGCACAUGUGAAUCAUUGUCCUUUCACCCAGCGUACUUGCCCUUUUAGCAGCUGUGACUUUACUUGCUCCUUCAAGGAUUUAUGUAAACACAGCGUUACUGAACACAGCAUUGCGGCACCUAGCGUUGAUGGCGUGUCCUUUUCCUUGAGCAUGUUUAAAUGUGGAACGGUCAUGCGUUUGCUUAUCUCAGUGGCUAAGAGGAUCAUUCUCAAGGAACGGACUACGGAAGGAGAAGGAGAAGGAGAAGUUGUGGUUGUGGAGUGGUUCGACAUGCCAGACGGUCGGAUUUUCUAUGCCUGCUGUAUUGGACCAGGAACAGACAAGUUCUCCUACUGUAUUAGAUUCCGGUGAUUACUUGUCGUUUAAUUCAAACCUCCAAAGAGUCCGUGAAGUGAGCGAUGAACCACCACGUGCGCAUUUUAUGUUGGUUCCUUCAUGUAUGUUGCCUUGCCGCGAGUGUUACAUAUGCAUCAAGCCGAAGACUAACUAGGAUUAUCAAAACGCUACUACUUCAUCACUCAUCAUCAGCCACACUGAUGCUCUUAGGUCUUAACUAAUGUAUGUUUUGUAGAAGCUGAAAAAUUGGCACAACAUGUUUUGUACUUUAAUCGCUAUCUAAUGCGUGAUAAUGAUCUAAAUUUAAGUUGUGUGAUAUUUGUCCUGCAAACGAACUUUAUCUAAUACGAUCAAAAUCGAAAUUUAUCUUCGCA